AUGGGAGGACGAGGGAGCCGCCACAGCAACAACGGAGCUGCUCGUUUCCCGGCCGUCAGUCCACCAGAGAAUCAUCGGCCGGCGCCUCUCCGGCCGCCUAAUCUCUCCCACCCGCCGGCGGCCCCUCCUCCUCCUCCUCCGAGGAAGGACCAAAUGGCCGCGCUCCUCCCUUACGCUAGCGCGGACCAGUGCCUACGGUCGCUAGCCGGCAAGGCCGAGGGCUUCGGGAGGUUCGCCAUCGGCGGCCUCCACGGGGCCGUCUACCGCGUCACGACCUUGGCAGGUACGCUGUCCUUCUCCCUCUUCUCCUGUACGGGAACGCUUCUGCCCUUGAGAUCGUAGAUGGAUCUGAACCGAUCGGUGAUCCCUGAGAACGGUUUUGUCCUUCCAUCUGUGUUCCGAACCUUCGUCUGCCGAGGAGAUUUCCUAGAAUUCUCUGCUCAUAAGCAAAUCUGCUCGUACGGCGUGGACAAUCUGAGGCAAGCGUUUCAGAAUCCCUAAUGCUGGUUAUCCAAUCUUCCCCGUCUCGUAGAUGAUGGACACGGAUCUCUUCGCGAGGGCUGCCGCAGGAGGGAACCCCUCUGGAUCGUCUUCGAGGUCUCCGGAACCAUCCAUCUCUCGUCGUACCUGAGAGUUUCCUCCUACAAGACGAUCGACGGCCGGGGGCACAGAGUCAAGCUCACCGGCAAAGGCCUGCAGCUGAAGGAAUGCGAGCACAUCAUCAUCUGCAACUUGGAAUUCGAGAGCGGCAGAGGCCACGACGUCGACGGCAUCCAAAUCAAGCCCAAUUCCAUGCACAUAUGGAUCGAUCGCUGCAGCCUCAGGGACUACGACGACGGCCUGAUCGACAUAACGCGCCAGAGCACCGACAUCACCAUCUCCAGGUGAGAACAGAGCACCACCUUCAGACCUAUUCCAACAUCGAUCGAGAUCAUUCAAGAUCACUCAAGAUUAUCCAUGGGAUUCCGGCAGAUGCCACUUCUCGAUGCACGACAAGACGAUGCUGAUCGGAGCCGACAGCUCCCACACGGGUGACCGGUGCAUCAGAGUGACCAUCCACCACUGCUUCUUCGACGGAACCAGGCAGCGUCACCCUCGCGUCCGCUUCGGGAAGGUCCACCUCUACAACAACUACACUAGGGACUGGGGCAUCUACGCCGUCUGCGCCAGUCUGGAAUCUCAGGUGAGGACCACCAUCACAUUAAUUCAAAUAUAUUGAUAUAUAUCUUCAUAUAUAUCUUCUUCAAGAGGUCUUAGAGCUAGUGGAUUCUUUCUCCUGGGCUUAUCUGUAAAAAAAAUAUUAUCUGGCAGAUCCUCUCCCAGUCCAAUAUAUACGAGGCGGGGCAGAAGAAGAUGGUCUCGUGGUACAUAACCGAGAAGGUACGGUCACCGCCCCUACCCACCUCGUCUUUAUCAACUUGCUUGUUAUUUAAUUGAUAUCAAAUUCGGAAAUUAAAAAAAUGCUUGUAAUUAAAAUUGCAAGCGGAUAAAAUAAGCCGUAAAUAUUUAUGUAUAUGUAUUUAUUCGCUUAUGAUGGGAUUGACGGUGAGUGGAACCAGGCCCCGGACAGGGAGGAGGCGGAUACCGGCUGCAUCCGGUCGGAGGGUGACGUGUUCCUGAAAGGAGCGGACGCGUGCCUGUCGAGGAACCCGGGGGCCGUGUUCAGGGCCGAGGAAUUCUACUCUUCGUGGACGAUGGGGCCCGCCGGCGAGGCGCUCAGGAAGGCGGUGUCAUCGGCCGCCGGCUGGCAGAGGAUCCAACGGCCACUGGAUAGUCAGAAGUGA